CCGCAUCCCGAGGACACCUUCGCCCCAGCGAAGGACGAAACCGAAGACGGCCGAUCUGAGUGUGCGGGCGACCCAGAUGAAACUACCUCAUCUCCGGCUCUGGUGGUGGCUCCUGUGGCUCUGCCAGUGCAUGGAAGCUUCCGCCGUGGAUUCUCUCUCUCAGUGCGCUCGUGUUCGUCCUGCAAGCAACAACAAAACGGCAUUCGAAUCCGCGUACAUUACGGGGUUCCGCGUCCGUCGCGUUUUUCCCUGGUGUGGAUGGAUAUAGCAUCUCCGAUUGUGUGACACGCAGCCAGUCAGCUGCCCGCCGCCGGUUCCCCAUUCGCCCGGCCCCUUCCGUACGACGAGCGGGAAUUACGGUAAUGUGCUGCUCCGCGUAGUUGUUGACCGUCGAUGACUCCCGGGAUGGGACAAGAUUUUUGAAUCGACGUGUGACCGUUGUGCGUGUGAAUGUGCAUGUGAUCUCUGUCAGUGGGCACAAUGUCAACUUUCGAAGACCGCCGAAUCUUGGAGUGCGUGCAAAUAGCUUACCCAGAGGAAAGUUUACAAACGACUACGAUUAACCACCGGUGGCAAGCAAUAAUAAGCAACUCCAGUGUGCGAACCGUGGCCACGUGGCCGCGUGUGUGUAAAUAAGUUUGCUCAAAUAUAAUAAAAAUAAUAAUAAAAAAGUGAAAGUGAAAAUCCUACGCAGCAACGAAACGCAGCAACGGAAGCCACAUCCCGAUAGCGAACGAAACAAUCUCAUAAUGAAGAGGAGAAAAUUUAUGAAUCGAAAAUUAUGAAAUCCAAUAAUAAUAAAUUAUGUGAAGCAGCCUGGCGCAAAGAAUCUAUUACGGUGAAUUUAUUUUCUCGGAAGGCAGCGUAGAAAUUCGCAGCAAACGCCCAAAAGUGCGGGAGGAGGAGGAGGAGGAGGAAGAGCAGCAGAAAUCGAAGAAGAAAAGUUGCUGAAAGUCAGAAUAUCAACAAGGGUCCAGCUGUGUGGGUGUGUGUGCAGGUAGUGGGGAGUGGGAGAGGAUGUGGGCACCCAAAGUGGUCCCCGGUGGCCGACGGCAAUGGGUCCGACCAGAAGAACCGCCCAUCGAACCACACUCGCCGCAGGUCCAGUGGUGUGCAGAAUGUCGGCGAAGAGCCCACCUAGUGAAAAUGUGGAACGGCCCGGAGGAGGUCGACGAACUUGUGUGAAAUUUUCCCAGAUUGGUGUGCAUUUUUGUGGGGAAACAGCCGCGAAGGAAGCCGCAAACCUGCAAAUGGGCCUAUUUGGCUAGGGAGUAACGAAAUUGAUAGCCGUCGAGCAGUUUAUUUUGCUGUGUUGUACUCUAUAAUUGUGUGCAAACGAGACGGUGAAAACAUGGUAUGGAAGAAACUUUUCCGGGGAAAAUUGCGGCAGAUAAUCGUGCAGUCAGGCAGUAAAUGGGGUUUAACACGACGACGCCGCCGACGGAGUGAAUGAGACCAGCAGAAGCAGCAGUGAUCGGAAAUGUGAACAAAAAGAUGAAAGCCAAUCGAGUGCGGGGAGUUUUAAAGACAGGACCUGUUUGAAGAAGAAGUGAUGGUUAUAAGAACGUUAACUUUCUCGGCCGAACAUGAAGAAAUAUGGUAUUAAAUGGAUUUCAUUCGACGAAGGUAGAAUGCGUUGAGUAGAGGAAGGCAGCUUACCGUCACCGGUAGAAGAAAAAGGGUAUCACUGUCAAUUGUUCUUCCAAUUCUAUCGGGAAAAGUACGCCAGCACAUCCACCGUCUACAUCGUUCUCUCAAAAAGCCAAUGAAAAAUAUCCCCAAAAUGUCACCCCGGUGACAUCUGACGAAGUUACAAAAAGAAAGGAAACAGCUUCAACGUGACAGGGGCCUUCGUGUGAGAUAAGAAAAGUAUUCCACCCACGACAAGCGUUCUACGGUAGAAAAAAAAUCCUUACACACACCCUAUUUGGGCAGAAGGCAGUACGACAUAAUACAAACUCGCACUUACACACGCCGCAGCUAGAGAGGGCAAGAGGGCAGAAGGAGAGCAAUAAAAUAAUUAGCGCGCGGGGGAAUUGAGACAUGGGGCUGCAGGCGGCCUUCGGUGCCGCGUUACUGACAGCCAGCGUAAGCGUUCUGCUCCUAACGCUGAUACCGCCAUGUGCACUAGCAUCACAUGGGAAUUUCUCAGACUUUCCCUUCAUCUACCUGACACAUCCACCGGAAAUCAUUCGCAAGCCGUCGAACCAGGGCGUCCGAGUCGGCGGAGUUGCAACGUUUUUCUGCGGAGCCAGAGGUGAUCCACAGCCGAACAUCGUGUGGAGGAAAAAUGGAAAGAAAAUAAUGGGUACCCAAUCACGCUACUCGGUCAUCGAAUCUAAUGGUGUUUCCAUGCUGCGUAUCGAACCGGUACGUGCCGGUCGUGACGAUGCCCCCUACGAAUGUAUGGCGGAAAACGGCGUCGGAGAUGCAGUGUCCGCCGAAGCAACGCUCACCGUCUAUGAACCGGACAAAACGCCAGCCGGCUUCCCGAUGAUCACCCAGAGCCCCACGACGCGCGUAAUUGAAAUUGGCCACACGGCCGUCAUGCAGUGCAAGGCAACCGGAACGCCGCAGCCGAAGAUCUACUGGAUCAAGGACAUGAAACGUGUCGACAUGACCAACCCCCGCUACAGCAUCAACAGCGAAGGAAGCCUCCAGAUAGACAACAGCGAGGAAAGUGACAUGGGGCGGUACGAGUGCGUGGCGGAAAACUCCGUCGGUACAGAACACACCAAGCAAACAAACCUCUAUGUGAAGGUUCGGCGUGUGCCACCUACGUUUUCCCGACCACCGGAGCCUAUCUACGAGGUUAUGUUGGGCGGGAAUCUGACGUUAACCUGCGUGGCGGUGGGAUCCCCUAUGCCACUCGUCAAAUGGCGCCAAGGAAUUGAUCAGGAUCUAACGCCGGAAACGGACGUCCCAGUUGGACGUAACGUCCUGGAGCUGAACAACAUCAGACACAGUGCCAAUUAUACCUGUAUCGCAUCAUCAACGCUCGGGGUUAUCGAGGCCACCACCCUGGUAAAGGUGCAAUCUCUUCCCGCAGCACCAACCGACGUGACAAUAUCGGAAGUCACCGCAACGCAGGUUCGCCUAGAGUGGUCGUACAAGGGACCGGAAGACCUCCAAUACUACGUAAUCCAGUACAAACCGAAGAACGCCAAUCAGGCGUUCAGCGAAAUCAGUGGCAUCAUUACAAUGUUCUACGUUGUGCGGACGCUAAGUCCAUACACGGAGUAUGAGUUCUAUGUGAUUGCUGUGAACAAUAUCGGUAGAGGGCCGGCCUCGUCACCAGCCACGUGCACUACCGGAGAGACAGAUGAUUCUGCGUAUGGAGGCUCCAAGAUGGAAAGUGCACCGAGGAACAUUCAAGUGCGCCCGUUAAGUUCAUCGACAAUGGUUAUCACUUGGGAGCCACCUGAGACGCCUAAUGGACAAGUGACUGGCUACAAGGUGUACUACACCACAAACCCCAGCCAACAGGAAGCAUCCUGGGAGUCGCAGAUGGUGGACAACAGCGAGCUAACGACCAUCUCCGAACUAACGCCGCACGCAAUCUACACCAUCCGGGUGCAGGCGUUCACGUCGAUGGGGGCCGGUCCAAUGUCCAACCCGGUCCAGGUCAAAACGCAGCAAGGCGUUCCCUCCCAACCGAGCAACUUCCGUGCUACCGAUAUUGGCGAAACAGCUGUCACUCUCCAGUGGUCCCGGCCGACCCACUCGGGCGAGAACAUCGUACACUACGAGCUGUACUGGAAUGACACCUAUGCAAACGAGCAGCAUCAUCAGCGAAUACCCAACACGGAAACAUACACGCUGAGUAGUCUCUAUCCGGACACGCUCUACUACUUCUGGUUGGCAGCCCGAUCGCAGCGUGGUGAAGGUGCUACCACUCCUCCGAUUCCCGUUCGAACCAAACAAUACGUACCUGGUGCACCACCACGUAAUAUAACAGUUGAAGCCACCAGUCCGACGACGAUCAACGUUUCCUGGCUGCCCCCGCCAGUAGAGCGUUCGAACGGUGCCAUCGUGUACUAUAAAGUGUUUUUCGUCGAGGACGGCCGCUCCGACGGGGAUGCCACCGUGACCACCCUCAACUCCACCAGCAUCGUGCUGGACGAGCUGAAACGCUGGACCGAUUACAAGAUCUGGGUACUGGCCGGGACAAGCGUGGGCGAUGGGCCCCGGUCCUACCCAGUCACUGUUAGAACCCACGAAGACGUGCCCGGAGAGCCACAGGACGUGGUUGCGGUUCCCGUCAAUUCGACCACGAUUAAAGUCACAUGGAAACCCCCAAAGGAGAAGAACCGAAACGGCAUCAUUCGAGGCUAUCACAUUCACGUCCAGGAGAUGCGAGAUGAGGGCCGAGGACUGCUGAAUGAACCGAUGAAGUUCGACGUGGUUGACGCUAUGGAAUAUAACGUCACCGCCCUUCAACCGGACACCAAAUACUCCGUCCAGGUGGCUGCCUUGACGCGAAAAGGCGACGGUGACAGAAGCACGCCAAUUACGGUUAAAACGCCCGGAGGUGUUCCCGUAAGGCCUACGGUUAAUUUGAAGGUUCUAGAACGUGAUCCAACGGUGUCCAUCGAACUGGAGUGGGAACGCCCGAAGCAAACCUAUGGUGAACUACGCGGUUUCCGUGUGAAAUGGGGUGUCCGCGAGCAUCCUUUGCAAGAGGAACCUAUUCUGAAUGAAAAUACCCUAACCAAGCGGAUCAACGAUCUGGAGCGUGGUGUGGAGUAUGAAUUCAGAGUUGCGGGUAUGAAUCACAUUGGAAUUGGUCAAGAGACGAUCAAGUAUUACCAAACACCAGAAGGAAGUCCAACCGGUCCUCCGACGGAUAUUGUUGUUCGGUUCCAAACACCCGAUGUAGUUUGCAUCACAUGGGAACCACCAACAAGGGAACAUAGAAACGGGCAAAUCACUCGGUAUGAUGUACAGUUCCACAAGAAGAUUGAUCACGGGUUAGGUACGGAGCGCAAUACGACGAUCCGGAAAGCUGUCUUCACAAAUCUUGAAGAAAGCACUGAAUACAUCGUUAGGAUUAGAGCAUACACAAAGCAAGGAGCUGGACCGUACAGCGAAAAGAAAAUCAUAUCCACAGAACGAGAUAUGGGUCGCGCGCCUCUAUCGGUGCAAGCUGUGGCCACUUCGGAGCAAACAGUUGAGGUAUGGUGGGAGCCUGUGCCUUCACGAGGUAAACUUGUUGGAUACAAGAUAUUCUACACAAUGACGGCAGUGGAGGACCUUGAUGAAUGGCAAACGAAGGUUGUUGGAGUUACGGAAUCAGCCGAUCUUCUCAAUUUAGAGAAGUUUGCACAGUAUGCCAUAGCGAUAGCUGCAUUGUACAAAACCGGACCAGGGCGACUUAGCGAGAAGGUAACCGUGAAGGUUAAACCUGAAGAUGUUCCGCUAAACCUAAGAGCCCACGAUGUCAGCACGCAUUCCAUGACUCUAAACUGGGCUCCACCUAUACGGUUGAAUCCCACAAAUUAUAAGAUCUCAUUCGAUGCCGUUAAGGAGUUUGUCGACUCACAAGGUAUUCCUCAAAAGCAAAUUCUACCGAAGCGUGAAAUUGUUCUCAAAAGCCAUAGUGUUCAACAUACUAUCUCAGACCUAUCGCCGUUUACCACAUACUUUGUGAAUGUCAGCGCUAUCCCAACCGAUUAUUCUUACAAACCACCUACAAAAAUUACAGUAACAACUCAAAUGGCUGCCCCACAACCUAUGGUACAGCCGGACUUCUAUGGAGUUGUAAAUGGCGAAGAAAUUCAGGUUAUUCUACCACAGGCAUCUGAAGAAUAUGGACCGAUUUCGCAUUACUAUUUAAUUGUUGUUCCCGAGGACAAAUCCAACCUACACAAACAUCCGGAUCAAUUCCUCACGGAAGAUUUACUCCCAAGCAAAACACGAUCUGAAAGACCCAAUGCGCCAUAUAUAGCAGCAAUGUUCUUACAGCGAAACAUUCCAUAUACAUUCCAUCUUGGAUCAGGAGAAACAACUCACAAUUUUACCAACAAGAAACUUGAACGAGGUAAAAGAUACCGAAUCUUUGUUCGUGCCGUAGUAGAUACUCCUCAGAAGCAUCUUUACACUUCGAGUCCUUUCUCCGAGUUCCUUGCCCUGGACAUGAAAGAAGCACCGACAGGGGAACCACCACACAGACCGAACCCCAACGUUCCUCAAGAUCCGGAAAUUCUCAUCAGGGGCAAAAACGAGGAGCCCGGAAUGAUUUGGGUUGUUGGACCGAUUAUUUCUGCGCUCGUUCUAUCCUUCUUUUUGGUAAUCAUUUACUUUGUUCGACGACGCCGACAACCGUACAAAACACCCGACCAGGCCGCUGUAACUCGGCCUCUGAUGGCUGCCGAUUUGGGAGCGGGUCCUGCUCCUACCGAUCCGGUUGAUAUGCGACGACUCAACUUCCAAACUCCAGGAAUGAUCAGCCAUCCUCCGAUACCGAUCUCUGAACUGGCCAACCACGUGGAGCGCUUGAAGGCCAACGAUAAUCUUAAGUUUUCACAAGAAUACGAAAGCAUUGAACCGGGACAACAGUUUACCUGGGAUCACUCGAACAUGGAAGUCAACAAACCCAAGAACCGUUAUGCAAACGUGACUUCAUACGAUCAUAGUAGAGUGAUUCUACAACCGAUUGAAGGAGUGCCCGGAUCGGACUAUAUUAAUGCCAAUUACUGCGAUGGUUACCGGAAGCACAAUGCCUACGUGGCCACACAAGGGCCUCUGCAGGAAACCUUCGGCGAUUUCUGGCGAAUGUGCUGGGAGUUGAAAUCAUCAACGAUCGUCAUGAUGACGCGAUUGGAGGAGCGCUCCCGCAUCAAAUGUGACAUGUACUGGCCAGCACGUGGCACCGAAGUGUACGGCGUAAUGACGGUGACAAUCACGGAAACUCAGGAAUUAGCUACCUACAGCAUAAGAACGUUCCAAAUUUGCCGAAGUGGAAGCAACGAGCGACGAGAGAUCAAGCAACUGCAGUUCACAGCUUGGCCAGAUCAUGGCGUACCGGAUCAUCCGGCCCCAUUCUUGCAAUUCUUGAAACGCACCAAGGUACUAACGCCCCCGGAUUCCGGGCCCAUCAUCGUGCACUGCUCGGCAGGUGUUGGAAGGACUGGGUGCUACAUCGUGAUCGACUCAAUGCUGGAACGCAUGCGCCACGAAAAGAUGAUCGACAUCUACGGACAUGUGACCUGUUUGCGAGCGCAGCGUAACUACAUGGUGCAAACCGAGGAUCAGUACAUCUUCAUUCACGAUGCGCUAUUGGAAGCGGUCAUCUGCGGUAGCACGGAAGUUCCCGCCAGGAGCCUUCACAAUCACAUACAGAAAUUGAUGCAAACCGAGCCAGGAGAAAAUAUUACCGGAAUGGAGAUGGAAUUCAAGAAGCUAUCGAACGUAAAGGCCGAUUCGUCUCGCUUCGUGACGGCGAACUUGCCCUGCAAUAAGCACAAGAACCGACUGGUUCACAUACUGCCAUACGAAGCAUCACGCGUCUGUUUGACACCGAUACGGGGCGUGGAAGGUAGCGACUACAUCAACGCCAGUUUUGUCGAUGGCUAUCGAUACCGCAAUGCGUACAUUGCUGCACAAGGACCAUUGCAGGAAACAGCGGAGGACUUCUGGCGAAUGCUGUGGGAGCACAAUUCUACGAUCGUUGUGAUGUUAACUAAGCUCAAAGAAAUGGGAAGGGAGAAAUGUUUCCAAUACUGGCCCCACGAACGAUCGGUACGGUAUCAGUGCUAUGUGGUCGAUCCCAUCGCGGAGUACAACAUGCCUCAGUACAAGCUGCGCGAGUUCAAAGUGACGGAUGCGCGAGAUGGGUCGUCACGCACGGUACGCCAGUUCCAGUUCAUCGACUGGCCCGAGCAAGGAGUGCCAAAAUCGGGCGAAGGUUUUAUCGACUUCAUCGGUCAAGUGCACAAAACAAAGGAGCAAUUCGGGCAGGAUGGGCCCAUAACGGUGCACUGUAGCGCCGGCGUUGGGAGGACCGGUGUGUUCAUCUCGCUCAGUAUAGUACUGGAGCGAAUGCAGUACGAAGGUGUGCUCGAUGUGUUCCAGACGGUGCGGAUACUGCGAUCGCAACGGCCAGCGAUGGUGCAAACAGAGGAUCAAUAUCAGUUCUGCUACCGUGCUGCUCUUGAAUACCUGGGUUCAUUCGACCACUACGCCAACUAAAACCGGAAUCAAUACCAACAACCCACAAGGGGACAACGUAAAACAUGAUAGCACACACUUUCAAUUACCCAAAUAUGUGAGAAAAUGGAACAAUCGCCAGUAGAACAGUGACAUUUACCAGAACAAGUGAGAACAUCAUUCCAGCAGAGUUGUAGUGGAAUCAUUCAGAUCUUCAUCCUUCCCUGCAUUCAUAUCUUCAUCGAUUGAUGCGAAGUGGUCAAAUUAGUGGUGUUAUCAUAUUUAGCGGAACAUCACUCGCACAAUCCCAAAUCGUUCAUACCGGAAAAGCAUUAGUGGCUCUCUAGUAGACUUGUUUUGUACCAAACCGUCAAUACAAACUUCGGUUAUUUCGCACUCACAUCAUCCAUAAUCUACAGGAAAAAGCAUUUCAUACCUAGUCGAUAGGUUUUGUCUCACCAAACUUUUCGAUGGAACCUUCUUCGAUAGAAAAGCAUUUUAAAUCAUUUAAAGCAAAAUUUGUCGUUUGACGAUCCAAAUCAGAAUAAAAAAAACCUACAUUUCACUAGCUAGAACGAAAUCUAAUAGAAAAAAAAGAUAAACGAAUUAAUUGAAUAUCAAAAAUAUAGAAUCAGGUUUUUAGAUAAAUUUCAACCAAAUAUGGAACAUUGUACGCAUUUUUCAGGAUAAAAAAGUUACUACUUAAUAGCAAGCGAUUGGACAGUGGCAACCAUUCAAAUUACAGAAUAGCAACUUAACAAUACUGAGCUGAUAGAACAGUAAAACAAACUAAAGAAACACAAUAAACUGGUGUUUGUAAAAAAGAGCAAAAGAAACAGGUCAACAGUAAGAAGGACACAAACAAACGCUUUAUUUGAUUUGCUGGGGGAUUGCAAGAAAGACGCUAUGAACAGAAAAAAAACAUAAUUAAGAGAAUGAGUGCACAGUAACAGGAGUGUCGUCUAUAUUAUAAAAAGUAUAUUUUUUAUAACACAGAGUGAAAGAUGCAAGAGAAGCUAAACAAUAUGCGAGAUAUCUGUUGAAGCAAAUGGGAGUUAAUAUUCGUCAGACUGAUAUUGUAAAAAAAUAACGCAACUACUGUAAAAAGAAAAGAUUAUGUGAGACCGACAUGCGAUGAAACCGUAGCUUGUGGGUGGUAGGCAUCGGAAGAGAAUAGUAGUAGUAAAACAUAAAGUUAGGAAGAAAAAAAAACGAUAUAUUAGAAGAGUUGAUCUGUUUUUGAAAGAUGUGAAUACAAAAAGAUUAUUAACCCAGUGAGGAAUCAGCUUGGUGAACAUAGGCGCAAAUAUACAGCUGUGUUUAGAAAUGCAGCAAACAGACGAAAACGCAUAUAUAUCACGCUAUAGACUUAUAAAAAGCUAGAUUUAAGUUUAUACAGGAAACGAACAACAAAAGCAAACACCGUAACUGGCGCAUCAAUAAUUUUCUGAAGCAUUAAGCACGCGCAUCACAAUCAUCAUGUCCGCGCAAGCGGAAUGAGCCGGAUAGAUACAACUGGACUUAAGUUUCGAGGAACAGCUUUACUUACUAAGUUUGGUAUAUGCACUGGAUGUUUUGCGUUAAGCACUAAAACCAAACGGCAUUACAAUGAGGAACAAAAAUCUUAGGGCGUCUAUUGCAGGUUAUACAGCUGGUCGAUUACUGUCCGAUAACAAAGUAAAAGUAGGGAAGAUUCAAAAUUGCAUCCCAAUAAAAGCUCACAACAGUUUAGGUUGUUGUGGCAUUAAUUUCUGAAGUGAAUCUUUAUAAAGCUACGUUCUAUUGGAACUUCAAAGCUGAUGAAUUUAUGUCAUGUUCAGCUAAUUUGAAAGCUACUCACACUUAACUGGAGUAACGAAAAUUGAAGCUGUAAGGCAAUGAAAAAUGAAAAGCCCUAUUUAAAUAACAGAAACAUAACUUAUUUUUCAGAUGAUUAGGUUAUACAAACCGUGACAGAGAUUCAUAGGGCAAAAUGUCGAGAGAACAGAAAAUGUUGGUUAUUAACUGGAAGAGUCAUCCCAACUUAAAAACAUUUUU